AUGAAUCCCAGCGCCGGCCGCCGCAUGUUCAGGAUGUUUCUGUUCCUGCUGCUGCUGCUGUGGUUCCUGCCCCCCACGGAGGGGUCCCAGCGAGCUGAACCCAUGUUCACGGCAGUCACCAAUUCGGUUCUGCCCCCUGACUAUGACAGCAACCCCACCCAGCUCAACUACGGUGUGGCAGUUACGGACGUGGACCACGACGGGGACUUUGAGAUCGUCGUGGCAGGGUACAACGGCCCCAACCUGGUUCUGAAGUACGACCGGGCCCAGAAGCGGCUGGUGAACAUCGCCGUGGACAAGCGCAGCUCCCCCUACUACGCGCUGCGGGACCGGCAGGGCAACGCCAUCGGGGUCACAGCCUGUGACAUCGACGGGGAUGGCCGGGAGGAGAUCUACUUCCUCAACACCAAUAACGCCUUCUCAGGGGUGGCCACCUACACAGACAAAUUGUUCAAGUUCCGCAACAGCAGGUGGGAAGACAUCCUGAGCGACGAGGUCAACGUGGCCCGUGGCGUGGCCAGCCUCUUUGCCGGGCGCUCUGUGGCCUGUGUGGACAGGACGGGCUCCGGACGCUAUUCCAUCUACAUCGCCAACUAUGCCUACGGGAAUGUGGGCCCUGACGCCCUCAUUGAAAUGGACCCUGAGGCCAGCGACCUCUCCCGGGGCAUUCUGGCGCUCAGAGAUGUGGCUGCUGAGGCUGGGGUCAGCAAGUAUACAGGGGGCCGGGGUGUCAGCGUGGGCCCCAUCCUCAGCAGCAGUGCUUCCGAUAUCUUCUGUGAUAACGAGAAUGGGCCCAACUUCCUCUUCCAUAACCGAGGCGAUGGCACCUUCGUGGACGCAGCCGCCAGUGCUGGUGUGGACGACCCCCACCAGCAUGGGCGAGGGGUGGCUCUGGCGGACUUCAACCGCGACGGCAAAGUGGACAUCGUCUACGGCAACUGGAACGGCCCCCACCGCCUCUACCUGCAGAUGAGCGCCCACGGGAAGGUCCGCUUUCGGGACAUCGCCUCCCCCAAGUUCUCCAUGCCCUCCCCCGUCCGCACCGUCAUCGCUGCCGACUUUGACAACGACCAGGAGCUGGAGAUCUUCUUCAACAACUUCGCCCACCGAAGCUCCUCAGCCAACCGCCUCUUCCGCGUCAUCCGCAGGGAGCACGGCGACCCCCUCAUUGAGGAGCUCAAUCCUGGCGACGCCUUGGAGCCUGAGGGCCGGGGCACAGGCGGCGUGGUGACAGACUUCGACGGAGAUGGGAUGCUGGACCUCAUCUUGUCCCACGGGGAGUCCAUGGCCCAGCCGCUGUCUGUCUUCCGCGGGAAUCAGGGCUUCAACAACAACUGGCUGCGAGUGGUCCCCCGGACCCGGUUCGGGGCCUUCGCCAGGGGGGCAAAGGUCGUGCUCUACACCAAGAAGAGCGGGGCCCACCUGCGGAUCAUCGACGGGGGCUCCGGCUACCUGUGCGAGAUGGAGCCUGUGGCACACUUUGGCCUGGGGAAGGAUGAAGCCAGCAGCGUGGAGGUGACGUGGCCCGAUGGCAGGGUGGCGAGCCGGAACGUGGCCAGCGGGGAGAUGAACUCGGUGCUGGAGAUCCCCUACCCCCGGGAGGAAGACAGACCUCAGGACCCAGCCCCCCUGGAGUGCGGCCAAGGAUUCUCCCAGCAGGAAAACGGCCAUUGCAUGGACACCAACGAAUGCAUCCAGUUCCCAUUCGUGUGCCCUCGAGACAAGCCCGUGUGUGUCAACACAUAUGGAAGCUACAGAUGUCGGACCAACAAGAAGUGCAGUCGGGGUUACGAGCCCAACGAAGACGGCACAGCCUGUGUGGCUCAAGUGGCCUUUUUAGGUGGGUAUCCUUCUGCCGCCUUUAGAAUCUCAGAGCCUCUCUCUCGAGCCUCAUAUCUUUCUCUAGGCCUUGGACUUUGCCUUCAGUUAUAUGCAUUUUAA